CUUAUAAAGCAGCACGUAGCCAUCAGCAACCUUCAGAUGCGUUUCAAGGUUCAAGGUGAGCAUAUCUACUUCCUUCUUUUGGGUCUCAUCCAUGUGUGAAAUGUGUGCAUAAACCAUCGGAGAAGAUAUCCAAAGAGAUUUAUAUACAGACGAGAUACGCAGACAAGUAUAUACUUCUUGCAGUAGACACAGAAAGUUUAUUUUUUUGGGAAGAUGCGUCAGGAAGCUUUCUUCGUCCUCGCUUCAGCUUUGGCUGUGGCGAGCGGCUUCGUGGCUGGAAACAGUGUUAAUGACAAUGUGAGUUUACGGGGCCCGAGGUCCAACAUCGAGAACUACAUGGAGAUCAUCAAAUGUGUCGGUCAAUGGAAUAUGGCCUGUGCCGUGGAUAGGGCUCAGGACCUCUUAAUUCAAACCAACGAAAGAUUCUUAGUGGAGGCCGACAGCCAGUCCGUGGCUCUGGGCAGGAAACAGAAUUCGGACGAGACACCGUCCUCCUUGAUCGAAUCCAUCAGCGGAAUCUUCUCCGAGAUCACCGAGAUCGUCUUCAAGAAUGGCAUCAGCGGUCUCUUCAGAGCUGCCAAGGAGGAAUCCCUGGAAGACGAAGAGGAGGAAGAAGAAACCGGAGCGGACGAUAAGAAAGAGGAGACCAAGGGCCGCGGAGUGAACGGAGUGGAGCGCGGCAAGAAGAAGAAGAAGAAGUUGAAAGCCAUCAUCAAGUUGCUUGUUCUCGGCGUUGUGCUUUUCGGAAAGAUCACUCUGCUUCUGAAGAUCUUAGCUGCUCAUCUACAAAUCAAAUUCUUGAUAAUCGCCGCCGCCGGUCUUCUGAUAAACGCGGCCAGAUUCUAUUUCGAUCUGAAGAAGGGACAUCAACCGCAGAAGGUGAUUUACUACGAGCAUGCUCAGCAUCAACAUCAUUACGAUGGUGGUGAGGAGGAAGGAUGGAGCGGUGGCGGCGGCGGUCACGGCGGUGGCGGUUACUGGUCCAGGAGAUCUUACGAGAACGAAGAGAAGGAUAAGUCUGCUCAGGAUAUGGCGUAUUCCCAUCAGAAACCGACUGGAUCCGAGGAAAGCACCAACUUUUCGUGGCUCAAAUAAUGCUCUUGACACUCAAUACAAACCUUUCCAGGUGGCAAUAAACUGAACGUUUUCGGUCUAGUCUAUACACUUAAAAUAAUACAAAAGAAAAGACGAAUAUCUUCUAAGGAUAUUAUUACAUUUAUCACAGGUUAAACUAUAUUUCUU